AUGGGGGAAAUUGUAUGCAAAUUUAGAGCAGGGCUUGCUGAUUUUGAUGAAGAUUCCAGAAUAUGUACACCGAAACCACUCAAGGGUGAGAUAAUUGUUAAACCAUCGGAAGAAGCUGAUGGGUUUUACGAUUUUCAAUGGAAACCAAUUGAGAAAGUUACAACUGGAAAUGUUGAGCCAAUAGAAUUGAUUUUGAUUCCGGGCGAAACAAAAUGGCUCACUAUUAAAUCCUCAAAAAGUGGCAGAAUCUUCUGUUUAGUCUUCUCAUCAGGGGAGAAAUACUUCUUCUGGCUUCAGGAUAAGAAUGAGGGCGCAUCAUCAUUGAAUGAGUUAAGCAAGGCAGACAAAGAGAUUGUAGCAAAAUUGGAAGGUAUUUUGAAGGCUGAAGAGGAAGAAGUAUCCACUGGGGCUAACAAUGAAGAUAUUAACAUGGAAGAUGAGCAAAAGCAGUCUUCGGAAAUUUCCAACCAACCUAUUGGGCACGUGUGUGACUUUUUAACUAAAUCAGUUGUGAUUAAGUAUGUACAGUCGCUGGCAGAAGACUCUCCACAGUUAGAAGCGCUGCUGCAGCAUUUGCCGGAAAGUGAGUCUCGCAACAAGGAAGCGCUCAUAGAGUGUCUAAGGGGUCCCUUUUUUUUUCAUGCUGCUGAUACACUAUCAAAAUCGCUGCAAGAGAGUUUUGAAGCAGGUUUGACUAUCGCCAAUGGCUUUGGUUAUGAGUAUUGCGAUAACGGUGUCCUUGGUCUGAUCAAGGGGGCAAGAAAGGAAGGCCUAAAGGAAGCAAAAUCGCAGUCAAAGUCCAAAGAUAAAGAUAUAUAA